UGUAUUUUUGAUUGAAGAUCCCUCCAUUUUUCAAGACUGUAAAAAUGAGCCCGAUUAUCUGGGUGUAGCUGAUAUGUUUGAUUUGUCAAAUUUAAGUGUGGAACUUCUAGAUGACAGGGUUCACAUGGAGGGUUCAUUUACCAUGUUAUGGGAGGCCGAUCCCAGUGAUCGUGUGGAAUUACAUACUGAUCUUAUGAAAUAUGAACGUGGUAGCUGGCAACCAACUGUAUUUACCAUGAUACAAAAGGAUUUCUGCAGAACAUUGUUCGAUGAGAGCGAUAUAUGGUAUAAGACAUGGGCUCAGUUCAUAGAUGGUGAUGAUUUGAAGUGUAUUAACAAUAAGGGACAUACCUAUAAUCAUUUACCUUUUGAUUUGGAAACUGUAUUGGAUGUACAAGGUGAAGAUAUUUCUGGGAGACAUAAAUUAGUGAUAAAAGUUGAUGCCUUUAAUGAACAGGAUGAUAAGCAGCCAUAUUCGGUUUGUUUGGAAAUUGAGGGUGAUAUAAUGAAGAAAUACAAUAGUACAGUUGGUUUAUCAAUCAGAACAACGACGACAACAAUGCGAUUUCCAAAAAACACCGGCUACAUUAUUGUAGGACUUUCGUUGUUGUUGAUCGGCAGCUGUGGUGCUGCAGAAUUUAGCUUUCUCUAUGACGAUAAUAACGAAUUCUUUAGUAAAUGUGAAAAUCAUCAUGGCAAUGGUAUGAAGGAUUUGGCAGAUAUGUCUGAAUUUACAAUGGAAGUUAAUGAAUACAAUAUGCAUAUAGAGGGACCUAUUGAAGCAAUAUGGGAUGUAGAGAGUACAGAUCGUAUAGAUCUACGCAUGGAAGUAUUCAAAUAUCAACGUGGCACUUGGCAGCCUACAGUAUACUCUGUCAUAAAGCCCGAUUUAUGUGCGACAAUGUAUUCGAAGGAUGAAGUCUGGUAUGAUGUUUUUACCUCCACUAUCCGAGAAGACACGCGAAAAUGUAUAAACGAAAAAGGAUCUAUUCUUAUUGUAGAACCAUCUGAUGAGCUGUUCAUAUUUUCGGUAAAUGGUGUCGAUUUAUCGGGAAGACAUAAAAUCAUAUUUCAUAUAGAUGCAUUCGAUGAAAACAAUGAAAAACGUCCAAACGAUUUGUGUAUAGAAAUAAAUGGAGAAUUUGUGAAAAUGUAA